AGGGCGCGCCCGGCGGGGAGGGAGAGGAUGCUGGGACAGGAGGCGACGAGGACAAGGAGAAGGAGAAGGAGGAGGAGGAGGGGAAGGUUCCAGUGACGGAGGAAGUGAUGGUAGCUCAGACGGCCGCUCCCACGGGCGAGGACCUGGCCAAUCCUGGGUACAGUGCCGAGUUGGACAACCUGCCCGCCCCGCCCACUGACGGACACACAGACUCUGGCGGCCAGCAACAGGAGGAGGGAGAGAAAACGACACAGGAAGAAACGGCCGCAGAUUCACAGGAGGCGUCGGCUGGACAGUCGGAGGAAACGAUCGUGGUGACGUCACAGGAAACGACCGCGGUGACGUCAGAGGGCGAGAAACAGGCGGAGGAGGGAAACAAAGAAGAGGAGGAAAAACAACAGCAAGUGGAAGAGCAAGCAGGGCAGGGGUCAGAGGUUGUAGAGAAGGCUGGGGAGGGAGGGGAGGGAGGUGAGGGUGAGGGAGGAACUCAGCAGGAAGCCUCCGGCGAGCAGCAACAGACUGAGGCUAGCGAGGAGACGGCGGCGGCAGACGCCAGUGAAGAGCAGAAGGAAGGAAGUGGCGAGCAGGCAGACGCCAGUGGCAACAAGGGCGGCGGUGACGUCACACAGAGUCAGUCUGCUGAGUGACGCAGGCAGGGGAAGUUACUCUCGAACCGUGUUGGAGAAAUUAACGAUUUAUUGUUUUGCCUUUUUUAAGUCCAGCAUUUCAGCACAUGUUUGGUCGCUUUUCAGGACAUAUUUGGUCGCUUUUCAGGACAUAUUUGGUCGCUUUUCAGGACAAGCGG